AAUGGUCAAGUGACAGACACUGAGGGGCGUUAUCAGGUUUAGUCUCGAGUUUUCAGCUGCUACCACUCAAUCACCAGAUCUGGUCCAUCUGCCCCUCGUGUUUAGUCUUCCCAGUGAAGACUCUCUCGGAUGCGAGAAUCCAAGCGUAAUGUCCGAUUGAAGUGGCUUCGCGAUCAUGGUAGUCCGCCCCUGGAUAAGACGAAAGGAGUUCCCUGUGGCCAACGACCGCCUAAUCAAUUGAUCUGGGGCCAUAGUCUUGAUGACUUUUUUUGGAUUGCUCGUAUUGAAGGGAUCCUGCCUGGAGCUGCAUUUGACGGGGUUGAAUGCUUGACAAUCUGGUCGCGAAGUAUGGUACGAGAAUCCAAAGACUCGGGCUACAAUGAUGACGAGCACAAGAGGGAGCCUCCCCCAAGAAAAAGGAAACCUUGGCCCCUUCUCAAACUUCCUAAGCGAAUGAAUGCGGAGAGUAGGAAAUAUGGUUUCGGAGUCAUCGAUCCGGGAUCGGAUUAUGAUAGUGACGAUGAUGAGUUCAAGUGCCAUACGGCCCUUAUCGACGUUGACUCCGACAACGAGGAGAAAACUAGGUUACUCUCUAACAGAGAUGCGUUCAGGAAACUUCUCGAAAAGGGAUUUAACAAGGACUGGCCACCGGGUCGGGGCCAACUCAUCCAGGAGGCUGUAAAGAAGGGGAAGAUUUCUAUAGAUGAUGGGCCGAAGCUUCUCGUUUUCAAAGACAUCAUUGUCUAUGUUGUCCGCUACAAUACACGAAAACCGAAGUUCAUUGAAGACAGAAAAGGAAAAUCGACGGCAUGGUUCGCUGAUCCCAAUAUGCUGUGCAUAUUCAGUAUAGCCUUCAUGCAACGCAGGACGAAUUCUCCGAGAUCAAUAUUACCGGGACCUUCUCAACCCGUGCGUGCAGGACGGUUCGCUCACAGGAGUAUUCGGGACCAAAAUCCUUCAUUUUUCUGACGGGGAAACGUUUUAUGUGAUAAAUUCGCAAUGUAAGACUUGCGAUGGGAAAGGCUUUCCCGGCUGUGGAGUAUGUGGGAAGGACACUGCUGAACCUAUCUUUGCCGAGUUCGAUAAGAAUGGGAAGGUUUGGUUUGCGGAUGCGAACGGAAAUAGGGUAAGAGGAUUGGAUGACCCAGACCCGAAAGCGGGAAGUGACGACUCGAACGGUGAUCAUGAUUCGAGUAUUGAUGGCG